AUGGUUGCGCGAACGUACCAUCUUGCUCGCAGCAUCCGCCAGAGAGGAGAGCCUCAGCGUGCUGUGGAGAGGCUCAAAGAGCACGAGCACCUAAAAGCGCUCGAGGAAUGGAGAGUGCGACUCGAAGGGCCACGACCCUCACGACAGCGAGUCGUCGGGGCAAUACUUCCAUCUUUUGCCCCGUGGAUGGAUAAGUGCUGGAACGGCUCGUAUCGGCUGACGCAAGUGCUCACCGGACACGGCUGUUUCGGUCACUAUCUACACAGGAUUGGUCGCGAAACAUCAGCGCAAUGUCAUCACUGUAGUGACGAUGAGGAUGAUGCCCAGCAUACGCUGGAAGAAUGUCCGGCGUGGAACACGGAACGACGCACCCUGAUCUCAACGAUUGGGGCUGAUCUUUCUCCCCCAGCAGUAGUUGCGGCUAUGUUGUCGGGAGAAAGUCACUGGAGGGCCAUGGUCACUUUCUGUGAGUCCGUCAUGACCCAGAAGGAGGCUGCGGAGCGAGAUCGGGAGAGGAGGGAUCCCGCCCGGAGAAGGCGACGUCGGCGACGCGCGGUAGCGGCAGUAGCCGUGGCUGUCUAG